AUGGAGCGCCUGAAGCUGGUCCUGCAGUACUUCCAGUCCAACUCGGAGUCCAUCUCUAAUGGUAUCUGUAUCAUCCUGGCCCUGGUCAGUGUAAAGCUGUAUACCAGCUUUGAUUUUAACUGCCCCUGCCUCCCACAGUACAACAAACUUUAUUCUCUAGGGGUGAUGAUAGUCCCGCCUAUCAUACUCUUCUUUCUCGGGGUCCUGGUCAAUCGACAUACAGGCGUCAUGAUGGACGAGUGGAUGAGACCCAUCGGAAACAGAUCUAAAAAUCCUGCUGUGGUGAAGUGAGUGGACUCUGAACUCUUUCAGAUCACUAACAGACUAAGUCAGAGCUUUACAGAGUUUUUGAGUGAGUCAACUGUGUUUGAAAUCUGUCAAAGCAGUCAUUAUUUCUGAACCUUUACACUUUUAUACCAUAGUAUUACAACAUUCAUUUUUCUUAAGACGAAGGGGAAACCUAGCUGAACUUGAUCUUCUGUCCCUGAAAGAUGGUAAAAAGGUGACUCCUAUACUAGCGGAUUAAUAGUCAGUAUGGGAGCAUAGUGUCUGCGAGGGGGGGGGGGUUGAAGAGUGAUUGAAGAUAAUUAUUAGUAUAAUAGUAUAAUAAACUCUUAAAUACAACGGAGUAUGAGGGCCAGAUUAAGACAAAAAAACGUUUUUAAAUCUUAGACCAAAAAGUUAUUAUUUAGGAGAAUAAAGUCAUUAAUAUCUAAGAAUAAAGUCGUAAAAUUUAUGAAAGUUAACGUUAAAGUAAAGUUCAUUUAGAUGAAUUGUACUUUAGUAUAGUUUUCACAAACAUGGAGAUACUUAAUCCUUUGGUACAUGAGUGUUACACUGUCAGAACUUUAAAAAGAAUAUAUGAGAAAUGCUGCUUUUGUGGAGGGGAAAAUGGCUGGAAAUGGCUGCACAGAGGCUAAAUCCAUCAAUACAGCUGUUAAUAGCAAUAGCAUAGGGCUUUAGUUUAUCAUAUGAGUUUAUCUGCCAUGAGGUGUUGAGGUCUCUGCAUUUGUAGGUUACCGACUUACUGUAAUCAUCGGGUCUUUCUCGUCCUUAUAAAAACAUGCUCUAUUUCGGCGAGUGUCUGUCUUCUUCUGUAGUCAAACCGCAAGAUAUCAAAAUCUACCCGGAUACAGCAAUGUUGCUUUUUGAUUGGCUGUUCAGUAGAUAUCCUUAAUUUGAUUGGCUUGCGCGUGGCACGCAGCUUCUGAACUCUCGGAGGAACUCAGUUGAUUUCCACCUGUUACAUUGUUACAGAGGUGCAACUUUGUGGACAUCACCAUGUUCAUAUAAAUGCGUGAGAAAUACAAUGUGUGGCGUGUGAACGGGUGGGAAUGCGUGUGUCACACGCUGAAUGCGUGAGACUUGAGAGCCCUGCAGAGCAGUAAACGCGAGACGCCCGCUUUCGCUAUUUUAGAUGGCUCAAAACUUGGAUUAUUUCGCUUUGUUGUGUACUUUCAACCGCGCUCCCGUCAGGGGGGCUUUCUACGUCAGGGGUGCAUUCUACGGCACAACACCGGCGUGGAUAAGUCCUGCUUCUCGUUCUCGCAGCUUUGCAAUGCUACCACAGGCUCUCCAAGCACUCCAAGUGCACGUGAAGAGUGUGCGCAUGAUUGGAAUAAUGGAACGCAGUUUGGCCUAUGAUUGGUUCUCGUCAGCGAAGGAGCCAGGAGGAUUUGCUGACCGUCCAAGUGUCAUUUAAAGGGCCGAUUUCUGAAGUGCUCAGUUUACGUAUUGAGUCAAUCACAUGAUAAUAAAAAAACAAAAAAAAAUUCCCGACCCCGACCCCCCCCCCCAAAAAAAAAAUUUCUCCUCGGAUCUACACGAUUCACGUAUGUCACCCUUUUUGAUUUCAAAACGGCGAAUUUCGCCGAAAGGUGAGAGAUUUUCAUGCCUGAUUCACAGUGUGUAGACACAGCACCGACUGACAUUACAAUCUCCUUAAAGCUGAUCAAGACCACACUACACUUACUGACAGAAGGGAGUCUCAGCCGAUACUGAAUCAGUGUAAAACAUACUGCAAUGCACUAAUAAAUGUUCAGCUCUGACCAGGAUACCACACCAGUAAAAGAAUUCAGAGUGAAAUACUGACUUACAGACCCAAACAUUACUUAUUUAAUACUCAUUUCUGAUCAGCUAGAUCAAUAAGUUUUAACAGAGAAAGUGCUUUGACUCAAAGUAAUGACUUAAGUGUGAUAUAUGAGAGUCCAUGAAAGUUGACUGUCACACAGCCCCUCCCAGCAUUUCUCAUACUUAACAAUCAGCAUUCAUACACUUAUUUAUCCAGUGUGGCCACAGUCUCCAGGAGCAGUUGCAGAUUGGAGGAGUGAUGUGAAUAAGCUGAUGUUCUGCUGAGCCACAGAUGCCUCAAACAUGGCUCCUUUGCCUCUCUGCAGGUACUUGUUCUCAGCCAUGCUGCAGAGGGCCCUGCUGGCCCCCAUGGUGUGGAUUUUAGUCUCCCUGCUGGAUGGAAAAAUCUUUGUCUGUGCCUUCAGUGUCAGUGUGGAACCUGCAGUCUUCUCAGGUACCUGCAAAUACACUCUCUUUCAUGCUGAUAAAAAAGUUGUCUGAUUGCAGCCUGUGCUGUUACAGGUUGCACUUUUUUUUUUUACAGUUGUGGUAUGUUUCUUCAGGUAUGCCCAACAACACAGGCCUGGAUGUGAUCAAAAUCAUGGCUAAAGUUCCUUGUAAGGAGGACGAUGUCUUCAGGAACAGCUCUUUCCCGAAAGCGGUCUCUCGUUAUGUUCGCUGCUAUUCACAAGUAAGCAGUUCCAUCAGCACUGUGUAAAUGUACAAACACGACCACAACACCCAUGAAGAUCUUCAAUGAGUGAUAUGUAUUACCUGAUGAAGGAUAAAGGUCCUCAGAACAAUGAAAUAUAAACUCAUAAAAAUGAGUGAAGGUUAAAGGUCCUUACACACCGGGCGAGAAUUCGCCUUUUUUUAAAACAGCAUAAAGUCAAUGCAAGCUUCCACACCGGCGGCGAUUUUUCCGCGGGGCGAAAAGCCGCUUUUAUUUUUUCGCUCCUGUGUCGAAUUUUUCGGAUAUUCGCAGGCGAAUAUCUGGACCUGCUAGACCUCUGUCCAAUCAAAAGUCAUGUUGUUGAUGACGUCACAGACCCAUACGGCUGGAGGAGAGGGAGAAGUUUGAGAUUAUGAAAACGCAGAGAAAGACAGCUGAGGUGCAUCCAAAACUCUUUCUAAUUACUAAUGAAGUAGUUUUCUCACAAGAUGACACUCUCUUGUCUUCCUUAGGAGACAGAUGUCAUGCACACUUCACAGGGUGACCGCCUCAUCAUGCCUGAUUCUCCCUCUCAGCUGUUUGACAUACCGAUGAUCUACAGCCACAGGGCCAACAGAAUGCCCAGACAACUUGAAGGAUCACUGCUCAGCCCUCGCCUCUCCUGGCUGCUGCGGCGUCUCUCACAGCUUUGCCUCCUCUUUCUCCCUCGCUCAUAAUGCUAGACAUGUCAAUCAGCAGCCAUUCACACGACACACACCAUCACUGGCACCAAGAGCAACGAUGGGAGAGAGGCUGGUAAUUGUGGUACAGGACCACCCCGCAUCUCCUCUCCUCCGUGCCGCAAAGCGACUUUAUUAAUUCGCUUUGCAAAAAAAUAUACGCAUAUUCGCUUUGCGCCCGGUGUGUAUAGGCGAAAGCGAUUUUUCGGACCGGCGAAUAUUCGCAGUUUUCGUCUCGCUAUUUCGCUUCGCUCCGCAAAUUCGCCGGUGUGUAAGGACCUUCAGAAGGAAAGGGAAUACUAGAGCUGUUUAAUGUGGUUCAGAGAAAAAAGGAUGCUUAUUUGACAUUUUUAUUCACUCAUCAUUCCUCUGCUCUCCUUACCAUUGCACUACUGUUUACUACCAGUCUCCGGACUUUACAAAGUGAAAAGUUGCUCCAUUUUCACCUGAUACAGGACUUAAGCUGCUCAACACUUCAAGGCUUCCUGUCAUAUUUUGCUUCAUAAUGUACCAAAUGUUUUCAGUGUGUUAAUAACGGGGACUGCAGGCAAGGUCAGUUAAACCCCCUGGACCCACUUGGACUACAGAGCCAUGCUGCUAUGAAACAUGCAGACUGUGGUUUGCUGAAAUAUGCAGUCUUGUCUGGGUGGCAACAAAAUUGCUCUGAAGUCUGAAAAGAUUGCUCAGCAUUCGUUUUGCCUUCCCAGAAGUGUAAGUUGCCCAUGCCCUGGGAACUGAAGCAUCCCCAUGCUAUCAUAGAUGCUGGGGUCCCUCCUCUUUUUACAGCAGGGAUGUGGCGUUCAUGAUUUCCAAACAGACUGUCAGAAUUUGAUCUUUUAGCUCUGAGGAAAGUUUCCCACUUUGCCCCAGCCCAUUAUGAGUAGGUUCAGGCCCAGAAGAGUCAGGCAGGUUUUCAAUCUUGUUUAUUUCUAGUUUCCCCCUUUAACCUUAAAUUUAUGGGUUCAUUGUAAAACUGUGUUCAAAGACAAUUGUUUUAAGAGGGGAUUUUGAGCUCGUGCAAUGAUUCCCACUCCAGAGUCAUGUCUGUUUUUUACUGCAGUACCACCUGAGGGCCUAAAGAUCACAGCUACCAAGUGUUGGUUAUCAGCCUUUUACUUUUGUGCAGAGAUUUCUCUUGAUUCUCAUUCUACAGGCUGUAGGUGGUAAAACCUUUGCCUCUCUAUACUGAGAGAUUAUUCUGAAGCAGUUGAACUAUUUGCUCACACACUCUCUCACAGAGUGGUGAAGAUCUUCUGUUUUUAAUUUGGGAAUCCUCUGCCUCUCCAGAGUCUCCUUUUUAUACCCAGGCACCAAGACGAGUAGCAGAUUUUCAAGAUCUAAAAAAAAGCCCAAUAUUAAAAGUAAGAGGCAAAAUCAGUAGCAGAUCUGGGUCCCACACAUACUGAACCUUUUUGGUUUUUUUCUGUUUCAGAAACUUUCCCUGUUGUCCUCCAGUUUCCUCUCCUGUCCCUUUGACAGGCCAAGGAUCUCUUCAGAAAUCUGUAUUAGGAUGUUGUGCAACUCAGUGUAACAAAUGAGAAGCUUCUGACUGGAGACUGCUUGUUGUUGAUAUCUUUGUGCUGCUAACUCUCCUUACCCUUUUUAGGCAGUUGGCUGGUCCAUCCUACUCUUUCUCAUUGUUUUGGGUGCUAUGGGACGCCUCAUCAAACCCUGUUUUGAAGACCACGGCGCCAUCAUGCAGACUCGCUACUGGAGCAACUACCUAGACGUGGAGCAGAAGCUCUUUGAUGAGACCUGCGUCCUGCACGCCCGUGACUUUGCCCGUAAAUGUGUGGUGCAGUUCUUUGAGGACAUGAGGGAGGACACUGUGAUCAGACUCCCCCACCCGACCUUCAUCACAAACUCCAGGGAGGAGUGGGAGGACGAAGAGGAGAGGCUUCAUGGGAUCUCAAAGCAGGAGCAGAUGGAUCAGCUGCUGAACAAGUGGUACUACAGUAAACCGGAACUGAACGUAACCAGGACAGCGUAUAGACCAAGGACGUGUGUCACCUGGGAGGACAGGGACGGAAAGACUUUAUUCUCUGAUGUCUGA